AUGGCCCCGCACCGCGCCUCGCCGUCCUCCACAGGUUGCGUGACCAGCCCAGAGCUCUGCACGUCCGGUCGUCGCCGCGCCUUCCGCCUGUUGCUGCCGCCGCCGCCGCCGCCGCCGCCGGCGCCGCACAGUAAAAACCCGUCCGGUCCGCCGGCGCGCGGCCGCCGCGUCUUCAGAAUGCACAGUGGUGAACAGCAGGAGGUAGCAGGAGAACCGGAAGGUGUCGGACGUCCAGCUGGUGACCGGCAGACGGCGGACGCGCCGCCGCCAGCGGAAGCCAGUCUCGCCAAGGGCGCUGGCUGGCUAGCCGGGCGGCUACUGGGCGCCCAAGUUCUGCCAACACUGCCGCCGCCGGCGCUGGCUCCGGCAGACCAAAGGAGUGUGGCCGCUGGGAGCCGCGCCGCGCUGCUCCCGCGAAAGGCAAUUAUUCUUGAAAGAGAGCAGCAGCAGCAGCCGCAGCGCUGCAAGCGAAUGCGGGCGUGCGUUCAGCAGACGGUACGCUGA